CAACGAUCGAAGCAGAAAUGAGAACCUUUCUACACUAAGAUUAUGGGGAAAUGACCAUGAAUUCUAAUUUCUGCAUUAAAUAUAUGCACAUAUCUGGAAGUUGCAUUUCAUAUAUGUGUAUCAUGUACAGCUAAGUAGAACAAAAUAAAUUGGUUUUCGAAUUUCCAAUGUAAAAAAUUGAUCUGCAAAAAUGUGUCAUUUGGUAUGCCAUAACUUAUAAAAUGUAUCUUCUCUACAGCAUCUUGACUGGACCCUGCGCAAGCGGGAGCUACAUGCACCAGGUUGCCCCUUUUUAAUGGAGAAUAAUUCUAAAUACAAUGAAUUAUUCUAGGUGAGAUACAGACCAAGUCAGCUGUAACUAUUUGACUGAGUUCUGCUAUUGCCAUCGAAAUAAAGUCUGUCCUGUCUUAACAUGCCUGGCCAAAAUGAGGGGUGAAUGGAAACAAGUGAGCAUGUAGUGGAGAGAGACAAAUAGUAAGUUACUAACCUCUUUGCUCUUCCUGUUCAUAAUAAGGCGGAAUCUUCAAUUGAAGCUUUAAAAACUUCGAUACACAAUAUAUCUGAUGCUUGAUUGCUUAUCAAUUUUUUUGAAGAUUGUUUUGCUUUAUAUCGGACUCAGAACUGAAUGUUCUAUUGGAUCAGGCAGGUAACAUUGUGAGUAGGCCUUCUUACCUGUUUACUUUUCUGAUCAGCUGCGUUCAUGUAAAUGGGAUAGCUCCAACUCUUGUUUCAAGAUUGAGUUGUACGCUGAAAUUGCAUUCUUGUAAAUAUGGGUUACUUCUCAAAUCUGAGAAAUUUAAAAACCAAUCCUCAUUGCUGACUGACGGUGUGUAUAUAGUAAUGGUAUAUGAAGAUGAACUAGGCAAACAAAUAGCUUUUACCUUUGAAAUAUCAAGCUCUAAUCUGAAAAAUUACAAUUGCCAAAUGCUGAUCAUUAACUUUGUCCUUUAAAACCAAAAACCUACUGUAUGCACACACAAAAAAAAAUCAUACUACUGUUGUUUGUUUAGUAUUCAUAAUUUAAACAUUGACAGAGUAGAAAUGAUGACUUGUAGCAAGGAUGAUGUGGAUUAUGAUGAACAACAAUUUACUACUUUUAUCUCACGGCACAUACAAUAUUCCAAACCUUGUAGUUAUUUAUUCCCCACUUUCCACAUGAGUACUGAAAUCAAAAUUCAAUAUCGAAUCAAUUCGAAUGCCCGUUACGUUGUGUCAUACAUUGUAAAUGACCUUGUCAGUUGUGAUAAUCAUGAGUUGCAACAGUGUUAGUUGUGUUUUUAUGUCCUGUUUUUAUAGUAUGAUGAUUGCUUCCAUAUGUUUCUAAUUUCAAAAUAGUUGUUGCUUGCUGGAGUGGAGAUUGAAACCGUCUCCAUAUUCCUUAUCUAUUUCUGCGGUUUCCACAAUGGUUCCUUGGCACAUAUUUUGCAAUUUAACACAAUACAUCCCUUUUUUGUGAACAUAAUUGUGGAAAGUGUGCUUAAAGAACGACCGAGACAGAGACAGAAACGAGGACCUUUCUAAUCUAACAUUCGGCAAAAAAAUGACCGUGAAUUCUGCGGUUAUCUUACUGGAAAUGGACCACUGCUUUGAUAUGUCUUCAUGUACUCUAUAUAUGUUCACACAAUUAAAGAUUUUCGCAUUAAAUAUAUGCACAUAUCUGGAGGUUGCAUUGCAUAUAUGUGUAUCAUGUAUAGCUAAGUAGAACAAAAUAAAUUGUUUUUCAAGUUUUCAAGGUUGAAAUGUUUAGAUCAUUUGGCAUGGCAUCAUUUAUCUGAAUGUAUCUUCUAUACAGUAUCUUGAUGGGAAUGUUCAGAUCAUUUAGCCCUAUAAGUAAAUCUGUCACUAAUCAUUCUCGGAUUUUUUUUUAUAAAUAUAAUGAAUUAUUCGAGGUGAGAUACAAACCAAGUCAUUUGCUACCAUCUAACUGAAUGCCGCUACUGCCAUCCAAAUUAAGUCUGCCCUGUCUUUAACAUGCCUAGCCAAAAUGGGGAGGAGCAUACAGGUUAGUGACAUGCUAUUUGUCUCCACUGCAUUCUUUGUGAACAUAAUUGUGGAGCGUGUGCUUAAAGAAUGACCAAAACAGAUAUGAGAACCUUUCUACUCUUACAUUCUGGGAAAAGAUUUGCAAGUUUUGCGGUUAUCUUACUUGAAAUGGACCACUAUUUUCAGAUGUACACUAUAUGUUCACACAAUUUUAAAAUUUAUGCAGUAAAAAUAUGCACAUAUCGAGAGGUUGCAUUACAUAUGUAUCAUGUACAUCUAAGUAGAAUAAAAGAAAUUUGUUUUCGAAUUUUCAAUGUCAAAAAUUGAGCUGCAAAAAUGGGAUGCCCAUUAGUUUGCUAGACAUGUAUCAUUUGGCAUGCCAUCAUUUAUUUAAAAUGUACUGUAUCUUCUAUACAGUAUCUUCAUGGGAAUGUUUGCAUCAUAUUUAGCCUAAAAAUAAGUAAACGUAUCACUAAUUUUGAGUAUCAUGCACCUCAUCACAGUAUACUGGUCAUGUAUUUGUGUGAGUUCUUAAAAAUGGAUGGCUGGUAUAGUUAUAUCACCACCCCUUGUGCUCCAGCCAACCGCUGGUUUCAACGAGUGAUAUAAUUAUGUAAAUCCAGUUCUUUCUGACUUAAUCUUCUUGCCGGCCUAAAUUUCACUGAGUCUCAGUUGGAACACAUGGAAUUUGACAUAAAUUUGUUCUAUUCCUGCUAGAAUUUUGGAAAAUUCCGUUGUUUUAAACAAGGAUUUAAUAGUCAGGGAACUCUAAGCCAUUUGCUCAUUAGGAAAGGCAGGGGUAUACUAUUUUUGAAAACAUAACUAUACAUUAUGAACCCCCGCCCUGCAUAAGUUGCUAAGCCCGAAUACAAUAUCACUUGAGAGGAAAAUCAACAUUAAAGCCACAAAAAAUGCAAAGGAAAUAAACUAAGGCGUACUACAAAGCAGUGGAGGAAAUUAAGCUCUGAACCAACGGCUAUAAAUACCUGACCACCCUGUUGGCACCAUCCAGAGAAGCACAGAGUUUCAAAUCACACUGCUGCCUUCUCCCCCCACCAUGGCUGCCAUGUGGUCUCCAAUCAUCGCUCUCCUCUUGCUCCUGCUCCCACUCGUGCCGUCCUCCUCCUCCGCCAUCACGCUCCCGCUCCAUGGCAACGUCUAUCCUGUCGGCCACUACUAUGUUACGUUGCAGAUUGGUAAACCCCUGAAGCACUACUUCUUGGACAUCCACACCGGAAGCAACCUCACCUGGCUGGAGUGUCAGCACCCGCACCUCGGCUGCCAGCACUGCACCCAGGGGCAUAAACACUCAUAUUACUCGCCAAAACUUAGCAACUUGAAGGUGGGAUGUCAACACAUGUACUGUGUUGCACUGCGGAAAGACCUGCCAGGUAUUAACCCUCAAUGCCCCAUCAAGGAGCCACAUCAAUGCCACUACAAAAUUCGAUACCUCGAUGGGACGACAGAAGGUGUUCUCUCCCUUGACAAGAUCUCUGUCGGGGGAAAGGAAAACAAUAUUGCGUUAGGAUGUGGAUACAACCAGCACCCACGGAAACCAUCGCCCGUACAUGGCAUCCUUGCCCUUGGGAUGGGAACGGUGGGUUUUGUCCCGCAACUCAAGUUGCAGAAGAUGAUUUCCAAGAACAUCAUUGGGCAUUGCCUUGGCAAGGAUGGAGGGGGCUACCUCUUCUUUGGGGACAAGCAGUUUGGCUCGGAAGGCAUAACCUGGGCACCCAUGAGAAGAUACGAACUUUUCUACUCACCUGGUCAAGCAAAACUACACCUAGACGGACAGCCAGAGCCUAUAUACAAGCAUGGAGUGAAUGCUGUCUUUGACAGUGGUUCCACCUACACCUACAUACCUGCCCGGAUAUACAAUCCCUUUGUUCAUACGGUGAGACAUAUGAUCGGCAGUUCACACCGCGAGGUGCAUGAUCAUGACCUGCCACAUUGCUGGAAAUUCAAAUCUAUCGACGAGGUUAAGAGGUUGUUCAAGCCACUGUCAUUGCAGUUUGACAACAAAAUUGCCAUGCAUAUCCCUGCUAUGAACUACCUCAUCCACACGAGAAGCAAUAAUUGGUGCCUGGCCAUCCUCAACGGAACACACGUUGGUGAAGACCGACGGAUCUUGAUUGGAGACGCUACAAUGCGGGAUAUGCUUGUGAUAUACGACAAUCAGGAUGGUAGGCUGGGAUGGGUUCACCAACAAGAGUGCACCAGGCCUCAUCCUGCUUCGCGUCUCUGAGUAAAGUUUGCAUGGAGAUACAUAUUGGUAAAAGAUAGAGAUGGGCUUGGGAGUAGGCUAGGGGUCAUAACUCUUAGCAAGAAUGAAGUGAUGUUGAUAGAGCUUGUAUGAUCCUCUUGCUCAUAAUAAAAUGGAGUUCUUUGGUUGCAUUCCUGCUUGUCUAUGUUUAUCUGAACAAUCUGAACAAUCUAAAGCUGACAUGCCAACCUAGUUUUACAAGGAGGUAAAGCAGAAAAGGGAAAAAGCU